AUGUUGCUGUUAGAUGUGGACUCGACGCGGGCGUUUACUUAUCAGUGGAUUGUUUGGCGCCUGUUUGGCCUACAUCCGGCGACGGGCAAUUCGUUUUGGGCACGGCAUUAUACGGCAUAUAGCAUUGCCUUUAAUGUGAUCGCUAAUAUUUGCAUACCAUUGUCGUUCUAUGUGGGGUGUCUGAUGAGCCGGACACUGACCGAGUUCUGUGAGAGUUUUUAUGUGGCCGCCGUUAUCAUUGUGGAGCAGCUGAAGCUGGCCAAUGUGCUGCGGGUGCGUGGACAUUUGAUGAAUCUACAUGCUAUAUUGCGCCAGCUGGAUAAACGCCUGCAGUCGGACGAGGAGCGGAGAAUUAUUGAAUAUAAGGUCGAACAGUCACGGAAAAUAUUCCAAUGGGUAAUGCGACUAUUUUUGAUGGCCAUAGCAAGCGCUGCUUGCCUUGUACCCUUUGCGCCCGAUCAGCAAUUACCCUUCCCCGCCUGGAUACCGUGGGACUGGCAGCGUUCCCGACAUAUCUAUCUGACAACAAUAUGCCUGCAGAAUAUUGGCGUAUUCAUAUUGGCGGUCAUAGCCCUCAAUAAUGAUACCUAUCCGGUGGCCUAUCUCAUCGUGGUCGCUGGACAUUGCAAGGCGCUGGCCCUGCGCAUCGCCAAGCUGGGCCAUACUAGUGAUGUGACCCAGUCCCAGACUAAUGCCCAGAUGAUUGCGUGUAUCGAGGAUCACAAGACAAUAUUGCAAUUGGUGAAUACCAUGGAGAACUCCGUCUCGUUCGCCUGUUUCAUUCAGUUCGUCUGUACGGCUACCUCGCUUUGCUCGCUUUCCUUUUUCGCAUUCUACGUGGAGAUGAGCCUGUUAAAGAUGUUGCAUCUGUUCUUUAUGCUGCUGGCCAUCAUUAUCGAAACGUUCAUCGUUUGCUAUGCCUCCGAGCAGGUCACCCACGAGGGCGAACAGAUGGCCCAUGCGAUCUACGCCUGCAAUUGGAUCAAUCAGUCUGUCCAGUUCCGUCGCAACCUAUUGCUAAUGCUAAUGCGCUCCCAGCGGCCCAUUGGCAUUGUGGCGGUCAAGACAUUGCCUGUGCGUAUGAGAACCCUGGUAGCGGUUAUCAAAGGCGCUUACACCAUGUUCAGCCUGCUAAAUGAAGUCAACUCGUAG